CAAAAAAGAAAUUCCAAACACACCCAAACCCAAUGCCCUUCCAUUCUUCAUAAAUAAUCCCAAUACAGUUUUUUUUUUUUUUUAUUAAGUUUUCUUUUAGCCUAUUUGCAUUCCUCCUAGCCAGUCAGUCACACCCAAUAAUAAGUAUACAAAUUCAAUUGUGAGAGAGAGACAGAUGCCCCAAAACAUAGAUAAAAAGAAAAAGAGUGACACACUAUAGAAAUAUGUUUUUUGGGGCACAAGUACAACAAAACAAACACAAAUAUAAUAAUAAUAAUUAAGCAUUACCCUUUACCCUCUCUCUCUCUUUCUCUUUUUCCUCCUCUUCAUUCCUCAUCAAAGCCUUGUUUUUCACUCCUCCAUCAACACCCAACAACACCCAAAAGCAAAAAAGAAAAAGAAAAUUUGAAAAGUUCAUAUCUUUGUUUCUUGCUCUCUCUGUUUCUUUGUGGUGGUAGUGAAGGAAAGAAAAGGUCUUAGCUAUAGGGAAGCAAUGGAAACUACAACAAGAAUUCAAGAAAAUAGAAACCCAUCUCCAAUAAACUCUCCACACAGCAAUGGAAGCAGCAGCAGCAACAACAAUAACAGUAAUGGGGUCCAAUUAAUUCACACCCCACCACUCACUCCAAUACCCAUAUCCAGAUCUGACUCUACUAACCCUUACCCAACAACCUUUGUCCAAGCAGACACUUCUACUUUCAAACAAGUUGUUCAAAUGCUCACUGGCUCAACUGAGACAGCAAAACAAGCUUCAAGGACACCUCAAGAUCCACCACUGACACCCACUUCUUCUUCCUCAACAGCAACAGCCACAACAAGGAACUUCACAAUCCCACCUAUCAAAACCACUCCAAAGAAACAACAGCAGCAAAACAACAGUUUCAAGCUCUAUGAGAGAAGAAACAAUUACAACCUUAAGAACAGUCUCAUGAUCAACACUUUAUUGCCUAGUUUUGGUAAUAAUAAUAACAGCAACACUAACAAUUUCUCCCCAAGAAACAACAAGCAAGAGAUCUUGUCUCCAAGUUUGCUCGACUUCCCUAAGUUGACACUUAGUCCAGUUACUCCAUUGAAUAUUGAAGACCCUUUUAACAAGAGCUCUCCAUCUUUAGGAAAUUCAUCUUCAGAGGAAGAAAGAGCUAUUGCAGAGAAAGGGUUUUACUUGCAUCCAUCUCCUAUUUCUACUCCUAGAGAUUCUGAGCCUCAACUGUUGCCACUUUUUCCUGUUACCUCACCAAAAGUUUCAGGUUCUUGAUUUUCUUCAGGAUAAUAUAUAUGGAUAUUGUUGUGUUUUGGAUGGUUUUGAGAGGUUGAGAGAGGCAAAGAUAUUUGGUUUUUAACUGUACAAUUUGAUCUCUCUUUCUUUUCAUUAUAUAUAUUAUAUAUAUAUAUGGUAAAGUCUUUUUUA